AUGACCUGCAGAUAUACAAUUUUAAUUUUUUCUAUUUUUACAAUAUUGGUUAUUGUUCGCAGUCGAUAUGUUAACGAUAUUACAUGUAGUACUGAUGAAAUAUACAAUACAUGUGGUACACGAUGUCAACGAACAUGUGCAGAUAGAAAUAAAUUACCGACGGAAUGUACCUAUAUAUGUACCAUAGGUUGUUUUUGUAUUGAUGGUCAUGUACGAAAAAAUGAUGAAAAUAGUGAAUGUAUAAAAGAAACUGAUUGUUAA